AUGGAGUGGGUUCAGGCUUUCUUGAAGAAGCACAAUCAAUUGGAGGAAUUUGACAAGGCUUGGGCCUCGAUUGCGCCUUACCCUGGACUGGCAGUACCGAACAAGGCAUAUCGUGCCACAACCCAAUGGCAAGGGAAGGAGAUGAGACAUCUGGGGCGGAUCGUUCUUGGAGCACUCGCGGCUGCUUUGAGAAACCCGGGGGUGGCUGUCAGGGGUGACUUCGCAAAGGCAUUGAAAUGUGUACGAGGCUUAAUCGACUUCCACUUAAUGGCGCAGUAUGGGAGUCAUACGACGAGCAGACUGAAUUAUAUGGAGAGCUAUCUCAAGGAUUUCCAUAAGCACAAGGAUAUCUUUUUAGAAUUCCGGGCGCUCACAGAGAGCUCAGCGAGAUUUGGAGGAGAUUUGGAGGAGAUUCGCGAGAUACGGGAAAGGUCUCAGUUCAACUUCAUCAAAUUGCACGUGUUAACGCACUAUCGGGAACAUGUCGAGCGCUUUGGGAGCAUUCCCCAGUACUUCACCGACAUCAGCGAACUCGCCCAUGCACGUCAGAUAAAAGAGGCAUACGGAGCAUCCAACAAGGUCGAUGCUGCAACUCAGAUACAGGACUAUGGGGGGCGGCGGUUGGCGUUAGAGAUUCGAAUGCUGAAUCUGAAAGACAUUGUUGGAGGUCCUGAGAGCACUGACGACAUCCUUUGGAGCCAUCGAGAUAACCUGAAGGAGUUACUUGAGAUUUUUAAAAUUGAAGACCGGAAAAAAACACCAAAUGAACGAUCCAUAGUAGAAGGCCGACUGCCUCUAAGGCGUCUUUGCAACCCCUCCACGAAAUCGGAAAGAGUUUUCAAUAUUGCGGAUGGACUGCAAAUAAGCCAUACCACGUUAUAUCGCCUGAUAAAGGAGUAUGCAGAGGAUGCGGGAUGCUCUCAAAGCUUUGCCGGAAACUCUGAGAGCAUUUUAGAGCGCCGGGUGGAGAUGUUCACAUGUUUGCAGUUCCGAUACCAAUCUUCCAAAGACCUGAGGUGUACGAGGUUCACAAUAUCAGGUGUACGGGAAACGCGGCUUUUAGGAAAGGGAAAAUAA